AUGAAUUGGCGUACUGGUCUAUCACUUGCCUUUUCUGCCCUCAUUUCUGCAAUAAUCGCAGCCCUUGCUGCAAUUUACUACACUGAAUACGAUGUUGAGCGGGCGUUUUGCGGCAAUAUUUUUGACUUUGAAGAUGAACUACCACCUAACCGUUUUGUUCUGGUGCGCUACCUGUACGUGUUGUCAAUUUCAUUAAACUACCUUCUGCCCGUUACUGCUGCAAUUUUGUACUACUCGGAGGUAUUGGAGGCCUUGAAAGAAUUCGAUGCACCCAUCGCUGUUAUUGAGGAGGCCGAGAAAUUUAUCCGCUUGGAUGGUCAUCUCCUACUAUGGCUGGGUGCGCCUAUCCACAUGUUGGAGUCCAUUCAACUCAUGCAUUGGAAGAGAGAAUUGUUACAUGGAAAAUUUUAUGCAAAAGUAUUCACAAUGCUUGCUGGGGCUUAUUGUAUAAUGCAACCCACUCUUCACAUUGUCCUGAAUAUGGCAUCCAGGAAUGAGUAG